CACGUGAAGAGUGACCUUACAUAAAAAACAUCGACCGCCCCCUCGACUUGACUCAUUGGAUGAACGCAUUACAAGAUCCGCAGUACUGAACGGUACUGAAUAGUCAGAGCAGAGACCCGAAGACAGACACGAUGGGAUAUUCUCGGUCCUUCAGAUCAAUAGCAUUUCUUCUUAUUGUACUUCAUCAGACCUCUGGAUUCUGGUUAUUUAACGUUAUCUUCCCACCGACAGCCAAACCUCGAGUCGAAACGACUAGCACUCCACCUCUUAUUAUAGUACCUGGAAACUUGGGUAAUCGCCUGGAGGCCAAAAUAGACAAGCCCACACUGGUGCACUGGUUGUGUUACAAGAAAACUGAGCACUGGUUCCCGCUCUGGAUUGACUUAAACAUGUUCGUGCCCAUUGGAAUUGACUGCUGGAUUGAUAAUAUAAGAAUUGUGUACAACCGGACAACUCGCAAGACAUCUAAUGCACCAGGUGUGGAGGUAAGGGUACCUGGAUUUGGACAGACCCACCCUAUAGAGUUUCUGGACUUGAACAAGCUGACAGGUUACUUUCAUACCAUGGUUCAGCAUUUGGUUAACAUGGGAUAUGUGCGAAAUGCGACCGUCCGUAGCGCUCCAUAUGACUGGAGAAUCGCUCCAAAUGAACAGGCAGAGUAUUUUUCGCGUUUGAAAAGUUUGGUGGAGGAGAUGCAUGACGAGAACAAACAACCAGUCUAUCUUUUUGGCCACAGUAUGGGCAACAACUACAUCCUGUACUUCCUCAACCAGCAGACUCAGGACUGGAAGGACCGCUACAUAAAGGGCUUCAUCUCUCUUGGAGCACCAUGGGGUGGCGCUGUUAAGUCUCUCAGAGUCUUAGCAUCAGGUGAAAACGAUGGUAUACCCUUCGUGUCCAACAUCAAGAUCCGUGAAGAGCAGCGGAUGACAACCACAAACCCAUGGAUGAUCCCCUCUGAAGAAGCUUGGCCCACAGACCACGCCUUUAUCUCCACCCCUUAUUUCAACUACACCAACCAGGACUAUCAUCGCCUCUUCAAAGACAUUGACUUCGAGGAUGGCUGGUACAUGUGGGAGGAUACCAGAAACCUCACAGCCGGUCUGCCCGCACCUGGAGUCGAGGUCUAUUGCUUGUACGGGGGCGGCCUCCCUACACCUGUGACAUACGUGUACGACGAACAGUUUCCAAACACGGACCCCAUAGAUUAUAUUUACGAUGAUGGAGAUGACACAGUUGACAGUCGCAGCUUGAGUCUUUGUAAGCGAUGGAUAGGAAAACAGGAACAGGCCGUGCAUGUGACAGAGUUCAGAGGAAUAGCUCAUUUGGACAUGAUCUUUAAUCAAAAGGUCCUCACAGCAAUCCAGAGGAUUCUGGAGGGAAAGUUCCCAGCGGACGGGAACUUAAUAACCGAUGACCUGAGUUAAAACUCUACCUUGUAUAUGUUGUGACAUUUUUCUGAUUGAUUGUAACAUUUGUAUAAACAAAUGAAGAAGUGUACUGAUGUGAUGUCAGUGUACAAAAGUUUUGCAUAAACAUCAAUAAGUCCAUUUUCUGGUAUAGUUUUGUACUACACAGAAUUAAUCAUAUGUAUUUAUUCUGUUGACAAUUUUAGAUACUGUAGCUCUUAAAGUGUGUGAUGUACUGGAAUUAUGUUUUAUAUGUAUAGGAUAGCGUGUUUGUUGAUUAUACAUCCAAUAUAAAUAGGGAAUUUUGUAUUCCAAAGUACUGUUAAAGUGUUAGGAAUUAUUAAUGUGAUGACAAUAAAACUUUUAUACAAAAUA